UCAGCAUAGGAGCACCCUAGCAAUCUCUCUGACUCAACUUUUCUAUAAUUCAGGAGUUUAACCCCAUGUGAAGGGCGAACCUGUAUGGCCCCAAUAACUGCGAUGUCAGCUUUAUCUGUUGGCUUGAAAACUGAAGAGGUUCCCUCGCGUUCGGUGCUCGUUGGCAGAGGCGAGAUGCAGACCAAUUUAGGGCUGGUGACCGAAGAGACAGGGCUCAAGCCUAAAGUUGCGAUUCUUCCCUUCAGCGUAGAGGCUCUGAUGGCGGACAGGAAACCAAACAGAGACUUGAAAUCUCCAGAAAGAUCAUCUAUGGCGGGGACGUCCCAGGCGCUAGGGGUAAGGAUAGGUUCGCUUUCGAGCCUGGAUAACUCGGCCCCCUCCUUGGCUAUUGGGUCGCCUUUCUCAGUAAGCGAUAUUAUGAACAUGCAAGAGGACGCCUUGGUUAAACCCGAGAGUCCAGAAAGUCAAGACCGAAAUUCUUGGAUACAGAGCCCUCGCUUUUCGCCUUCUUCUCCACGAAGGUUAAGUCCCCCGGCCUGUCCACUGAGAAAACAUAAGACCAAUAGAAAGCCCCGGACACCUUUCACUACGUCCCAGCUCCUGGCUUUGGAGAGGAAGUUUCGGCAGAAGCAGUACCUCUCCAUCGCCGAGCGCGCGGAGUUCUCCAGUUCGCUCAAUCUGACCGAGACCCAGGUGAAAAUAUGGUUUCAGAACAGACGCGCCAAAGCCAAGAGACUCCAAGAGGCAGAACUCGAAAAACUGAAAAUGGCAGCCAAGCCAAUGCUGCCUCCGGCGUUCGGGAUUUCCUUUCCGCUGGGUGCUCACGUCCCCUCGUCUUACGGAGGGUCGCACCACUUUCAAAGGCACUCGCUGCCGGUAUCUCCAAUGGGACUGUACGCUGCACAUGUCGGAUACAGCAUGUAUCACCUUGCCUGACGUAAAGGAGAACAUACUCCAUGUUGACUAAGAAGUGUUUCAACUUGACCCAUACCGCAAAACUAUAUUUUGUUGCAUAUCACGACUGGAUGGAUAGACAUUAUUAAAGACUACCUUGUAGAAGUGAUAUGCUGUCCUCGAUAGGCCUUUGUCAAGUAUAGACAUCUACCUUUGCAUUAGUUUGAUGCCACGGUUGAUUGUUUGGUAUUUAAAGCUCAGCUCUCACUGGCUACCCGGGUCCACUCAAAACUUAAACCAUGCGCAAGUUUUACGCACCAGCAUGGGGUUUUGCACCAACACACAUAAGACCCAAGGUAGGUUGGGCUUUCAUCACUAAUGUGGACUAUGUCACUACAGACUAAGGAUAACUAAGAUUCUAUACUUUUCACUUGCAUUUAUGUCAAUGCGUAAAAUAGUGGGUUACUGAAUCUUAUGUCAAUGAACGCUCUUUGUUAAUUUCGGAGAACCACAGCAUUUUUUAAUUAUUAUAACAGCACCGUCUGUUGUUUGGAUGAUUCCCUUCGGAAGGGAUUUGUGUACUGUAUAAUACUGUAUAUUUGAAAAAUAUCCUCAUUUAUAUUGAAUAUAUUUGUGACAA